AUGCAUUUUAUAACUAUGAAUCUAUGCAUAACUGUGACGCCUGAUGAAGAAAAAAACUUGAAUCAUUAUGUGCAAGUUUUACAGAACAUGCUACUAAGUGUUCCCACUAAGGAGGAACCAGGCCAUGAGAUAAAACCAAAGGCUUCGAGUCAUCUUUAUUCUACAGAAUCGAAGGUGUCAAAACUUAAGGAGGCUGUUACACACAGAGAAGUUUUAAAUCCGAAUGAUGUUUUAAUCAGUCCUAUCAGUGAAGAAACUACACCUUUCCCUACUAGAGGCUUCACACUAGAAAUAAGGCGGCGAAAACGCACUAAAAGUACAGCAUUCUGGUGGAUCAAACCCAACAAUGUUUCUGUUGUUUUGCAUGCAAAAGAACCGUAUAUUGAAAAAGAAGAAGAACCAGAAGUGGAUAUAAAACCAACUGGGACAUCAAAGUCAUUUUCACAUGUUAAUGACUUUACUGGAAGUCCACAUACAUCACCUACCACCUCACAUAGGUCACCUACCACCACUUCACAAACAACCAGUGACUUGGGUAUAUCCACAGAAUCAGAAGAUGUCCCUCAGCUCUCAGGUGGAUUUGAAGCAGACAAGCCGGAAGCACCAAGUUUUGAAAAGCACCCUCAGAUUUUGAAUAAUGAUGACAUUUUGAAAAAAAUUUCAGAUAUCCACUCACAGGUGCAACAGGUACCUCUUGGGAAAAACUUCGAUGAAGAAUCUAGAGAGGACAUCCGUGCCUCUAAAGAUCACCUAAGACGAAGCAUUGCUCUUGCGGCCGCAGCAGAACAUAAACUAACUAAAAUGUACGAAUCCCAGCUCUUACCACUAGGACAAACUGGUAAUGAAAUCGAUAACAUUGAAACUGUUAUUAACGUGCUGUAUAAGGCUAGAUCUAAAUUAGCUCAAUAUUUUGAUAUUGAAUAUGUUCCACCAGAGAUGAGAGAAAAAGCUAGUACAGUAUUCAAUACAUUGAAAAAAAUAUUAUGUGUAGGUCGAGAAGAAACUCAAAGCCUUAUUAGGAAGUUAAUAAAGAAUAACAAAAAAUUUAAACCUAUUUGA